AUGAAUAAGGAAGUGUGUGAAAAGUUCAAGAAUAUAUGGAAAUGGCUUCCCGAUGAAUUAAUUGAAGGAAAAUAUCAAUUUAAUGAUAAUAAUUCUUUAAAUAAUAAGUGUAAUAAUAAUAAUUUUUCAAAUUAUUAUUGUAAUAAUAAUGAUUUUUCAGAUAGUUAUUGUAAUAUUGAUUUUCAAAGUGAUUUCUAUAAAAUAAAUGCUGGAUUUUUAUAUUUGUUGGAUGAAUUCAUUAAGGAUUGUGGUGUAGCUCCCUCUCCUGCAAAAGAUCACAUCAAUAUUGUUGAUUACAUUUUGAUAUGGUUAAAUUAUAUGUUAAACCUAAAUAAAAGUGAAAAAGACAAUGUAACGUGUUUUUAUAUUGCAUACAUAUAUAAUUGUGAUAAGUAUAAGACGGAAAUAAGUGAAUUAACUGAUUAUAAGAAUUAUAAGGAACUUAUAGAUAAAAAAAAUGAUGUGUUGAAUAUGGAUAGUAAUAUUGCACCUAAAUUUUAUAAAGCAUUUAAAUUAUUAUGUGAAAUGUAUACUGAAUUUGAUGAAAACACGUCAAAAUGCACAAAAUGUUUGGAAAAAGCUAAAGAAUUUGUUAAAAUAUAUGAAGAACUUAAUGAUCCUAAUAAUGCUAAAUAUAUCGGCUAUUGUCAAACAUUACCUACAUUAUCAAAUGAUUAUAAUAAUUUAAAAAAUAAAUAUAAAGAUGAUAACCCCCUUCCAGAAAUAAAUACAAAAAAUGAUGCAAAAUGUUCUGAACAAACUUCUAAACAAACUAAUGUAACAGGAUCUGAACAAUUGUCUGGAGAAACUUCUGAGGUUACAUUAUCAGAAUCAUCACUAGCAAGCAAAUUAAUUCCGGUUUUAUCGAUAUUUGUUGCAAUAGCAUUUUUUUUGGGAAUUUCUUAUAAGUAUUCGUUAUUUGGAUUUCGGAAACGAUUUCAAAAACAAAAAUUAAGAGAAAAGCUAAAAAAUGUAAAGAAGAGAAUGAAUCAUUAA